UAUAAAUCUUGAAGUUCCGGGUACUCUUAUUUUUGUCAACAAAGCUUUUCGCAAGUAGUUAGACCUAGAGUCUAGACCUAGACCUAGAAGAAGCUUUUAAUGCCGAGAUUCUCUACUGAACAAUAAGUUAUUCAAACAUUUGAAUGAGUUUAGCCGUCACCAUGCCUACAAUAUUGCUGGAAAGGAUUCCACUACCCAGUCUGCAUACCUACAUUUCUUUUUCGGUUUUGAUCCUAGCUUUGGCUUCAUUUUAUGCACACCAAACAGUCAAUGCUAAGUUAAAUUUCAAUCCUGAGAAGCAGAUAGUGGAAGAACUAGGUUUACCACCUGAGUUGACGAAUGUUACGCUGCCAUUUGCUAGAGAUGAGCAUUUUUAUAACAUGCUCUAUAUUAUGAGAAUAGAAACAUGGUGUAUUUGGACUCUUGUAAAUAGCUGUUACUGUUUGCUUAUUUUGUUGGGAAAACUAAUUCAAAAUGUUGUAUUUGGCGAACUUAGAGUAAUAGAAAAGCAGCAUUUAAAAGACAAGUUCUGGAAUUUCAUUUUUUACAAGUUUAUUUUCAUCUUUGGAGUUAUGAAUGUACAGAGUAUGGAUGAAGUAGUAGCAUGGGUGGCUUGGUUUUCCUGCUUGGGUGCCCUUCAUCUCCUCACACAACUGUCUAAAGACAGAUUUGAAUAUUUGUCAUUCUCUCCAGCAACAUCGAGGUCAGCUCAUGUAAAACUGCUGUCGUUACUGCUGAUUAUAUUCCUGUCAUGCUGCUUGUUGUUAGCAGGCUGUGUGUGGGUGGGAAUCAACAUUAGUCUCACCAUCUUUGCAUUCAUGGCAGCAGAAGGCCUUCUUCUGAUGUUGCAGUGCUUGUAUGUUAUCAUUAGGUAUAUCCUACAAUUGUGGGACUUGAGCCUAGAAGGUGUUUGGGAAGCUAGGUCCAUUUAUGUGUACUACACUGAACUUGUGUUUGAGCUGGUAGCUUUGAGUGUAGACUUUGGACACCAUCUUCACAUGCUUCUUUAUGGAAACAUCUUUUUGAGUAUGGCCAGCCUAGUCAUUUGCAUGCAGCUGCGAUUUCUUUUCUAUGAAUUUCAGCGACGAGUCAGAAGGCAUAAAAAUUAUUUAAAAGUCGUAAAGGAAAUGGAAUCUAAGUUUUGUAUGGCAACCCAGGAAGAUUUAGAGCAGAAUGCUGAUGAUUGUGCCAUCUGUUGGGAAAGAAUGGAUUCUGCCAGGAAACUGCCAUGUGGCCAUCUUUUCCACAAUUCAUGUUUGCGUUCAUGGCUAGAGCAAGACUCAUCUUGCCCUACCUGUCGUACAACACUGAGUGAAUCCAGUGGCAGAGAGGGCAGAAAUGUCAAUGGACAGGUGGCUGCCAACUUAGCUGAAGGAAUUGUAGCGCAACCCAAUCAAGCAACAACUAACCAUUUUUUCCACUUUGAUGGAUCACGCUAUGUGAGCUGGCUACCAAGCUUCUCAGUUGAAGUGACACAUACCAAUCUCUUAACUGGUCAACAGGCCCACGCCACUCAGACUUCACAGCUUGAUAACAUGGCUCGUGAAGUUCAGGUUGUAUUUCCUAACAUUCCACAGUCUGUAAUAAUGGAAGAUUUGCGAGUAACUCGAUCUGUGGAUCUUACAAUAGAUAACAUCCUAGAGGGCAGAGUUGCCAUUCCAGCACUCCCAAACACUGCAGGGCAUCAGAGAAAUGACAGCCAUGGUAGCAUUAGCAAUUCCUCUACAUCAUCUGAGUUGGUAACUGCCCCAAAUGAAACACCCAAACAAGCUGCCGAUUCACCUGUUUCUACUGAACAAAAUCUGCAACUUGAUCCGAGCCCAACCACCUCAAAAACUAGUGAAGCACAUGUAUCCUCUCACACAACAACUGGAAGUAGGUUCUCUAAAUCCGCUUCAGAGAGAAUGCAUAUGCUGGAGAAUCGUAAAACUGCUAUGUUGGAAAUGGCACGAAAAAAAUAUCAGGUUAAACAGGAAAAGCUGGAAUCUGCAUCUGAUACCUCUCAGGAUCUGAGUACAGGCGUACUAGAUACUGAUUACACAGAGGACAGUUUGUAUCUGCCUGAAGCAGCAGCUUUUGAAACCAUGGAUAACACUCAGGCUGAGAGAAGGGCUCGUCUUUUGCAAGCAACCGAAAGGAGAUUAGAAAGGCCACCAGAAUGAAGCUUUCAAACAGAAAUAUUAAUUUUGAAAUACUUGGUUUGCAUCUAUCAACUAUCAAUAUACAGCAUUAGAAAGAGUAUGCCCAACUGACUUGGACAAACCUUUGCACACCAUUUUUUUUUUAUGGAAAAAAAAGUGAUUUGUAUGUACUUGGUGAAGUACAUUUGUUUAGUUCUGCUGAUGUUGCUUCUACACAUAGCCUACAACUAAGCAUAACUUCAAUUAUCCAAAAAAAAAGUUUUAAAAUUUGUUCUCACAUAUUUUAGCCAACCGGCUUGAUAAUUUAUUUCAACUGGUUCAGCAUCGUCUGUUAUUCUUUAGCCCCAAUAAUAUUCAUUUAAAAUAUUUUUUUGGUUACAUCUGCUGAAAGGUUUUGAUUUCUGAUCCAUCUUUUUUAUUUGUUAGCUAGAUUUCUCACUAGAAUUAUUAGAAAGUGAUAGUGCAAUUUCUUUUUUGUUUUGUUCUAUUGUCUGUGUUAUAAAAAUAUCUUCCAAAAUUAUGCAGUGAUUUGGGACUGUACUCUAAUGUAAGUUUCCCAAAAAGUAUAAACAAUGCUUCAGAUGUUGAAUUAAUAUUCUGACAUUGUAACAUUGUAUGGACAAUAGAUUAGCUGUGCAGAAAUAAGUCAGUGUUAUCUUGGAAUAUUUAUUUCUUUAAAUUAAUUGUAUUUGGUCAUCUGUAAAUUAGUUAUUAAAAUACCCUUUUGUUAAUUUAAGUUUUCAUAUAACUGAUUUUUUAAUAAUUUUAGUUCUCUAAUUGAUAUUAUGAUAUUAAUUAAUAAAAAGGCCACUUUUUUCAUAGUCCCUAGUAAUGUUUUAAAAAACACUUUUCAAGCUUAAACAUUUUUAAUACCUUUUUAAGCUAAAAUAAUCUCUUUGCUAAUAUUUUUUUAAAGUUUUAAAUGUGCAAUACUGAUUUCAAUUUAUUUCAAACCAAGAUUUCUUUAAAAUCUUUACAGAAUAUUUUAUUUUUAAAUUGGUCUGGAUAUUCAGACAUUAAAAACCAACAAAAGAUAACAUUUUAAACAAAAUUUCUAAUCCACUAUUGCAAUUUUAAAAAGCAGGCUUUUCUGUAUCUAUUUAAAUUUUUUAUUUAUUUUAAUAGUUUUUAUUCUUGGUCCCAUGGAUUAUCUUUUAUUUUACCAGUUAGGAGAUUAUUAAAUACAAAUGAUGUUAAAAAAAAAAAGUCAUAUUCUUAUUCUCAAUUCAUUGAAAAUCUCUUUAUAUCAUAUAAAAUAGGAAAAUAAUUUUUAAAAAGUAGGGAAGUAAUACCAUCAUGCAGAGUUUAAAUAAAAUAUGUUAAUCUAUAUAUCGAUUUCUACUUACAAAGGGAUAAUUUUUAGAAUUUAAAAAAACCUUUCAUGUUUCCAAGCUGCUCAUGUUUCAUUUUUUAAAUUGUAUAUAUUUCAAAUUUCAGCUAAAAUUUGAUUUAUUCAGUUCAAAAAUAUAUGAUUUAUUAUAUUUUGUUAUGCCAUGAUGAUGAAUUUUUGAGUUUGUAAGCUAAUACCCAAGAUUUAGACUUAUUCUUUGUGUUAUUUAUUAAGUAAUGUUCCAUCAAAAGAGCAUGAUACAUCAAUUUGAAAAAAAAAAAAAAAACUCGUUGUACAUUAAAAGGGAAUCUGAAUUAAAAUUUAAGUUAAACAGGGUUAUUUUCUGUUUUGAGAUUCACUUUUAUUCAUCCUUUUUAUGUUGAAAAAUUAAUGUGUUGAGACAGUUAUAUUAGCCCAUAUUUGUACACUUUAAAUUUAGCAACCAUUAUUAAACCUUUUUUUAUAAGGGGAGGUCAUCAAUAAAUGAAGUUAUGCAAUUUGAGCACAAAUGUACAGCAGUAUCUAAAAAAGCCAGACAAUACUCCCAUGAAAUGACCUCAAAAGGUUGGAAUAAAAAUUGCUAUAUUUUUCAGUUAUUUUGCCCUUAAGAAAUACAAAUUAGAAAUGCAUGCGCUAUUUUCUACCAUACAUCACCCACAUAGCACAUUGUCACACAUGUAUGACUUCUCUCCCAUUGGAAUUAGGGGCAUGUGAUGUCAUUUAUUGACACCCCCUAAACAUAUAAAAAUCCCAAUGGUGUGUUGUUUGCUGUGUAAGUAGCCACCUCUGGCCAUACAAAGUCUGUGAUCACAAGGCAUUUUACUUUGGUUUUGGUGUAGGAUUUUUAUUACUUGAUUUUUCUUUCAUUUAUUUUUGUUAUCAGGUUAUUUAAUUUCUUUGUUCUAAAACAAAUGAAUAAAACUGAUAAUGAAGAAUAGUGCCAUUUAAAAGAUAUACUGUUGAGUUCCUUGGUAAUAAAGCUGUCUUAAAAAUGAC